GAGUGGACUGCCAUCCGUCUCGUUGAAGAGUGGCUUCGUUUAUUUCGAGCUGCGACCACCAUCAUGUCGUCCACAAAUGCGAUCACACUCUCUUCAGUACAAGGAGUCUUCCGUGACCUUCAAGACCACGUCCUCCUUGCAUUCAAGUCACUCCCGGAUACGGCUCCACCAAGUCUCAAGCAAGGGCUACUAAACGCCCAUCGGAAGCUCAGCGACUACUUCAAUCAGACAGACUCUUCACCAUUCUACCUC